AAAAUAUUUCAGCGUGGCAACUGGCAGAAGACAAAAUAAAGUUAAGCAAAACAAUGAUCUUGGAUCAUAUGUUGAUGUCAAUUGAUAGUAAUAGAGAAAAUUGAAAAAAAACAAGCAAAUAUUGAGAACAGUAUUAUUUAUUAUGCACAGUAUUUUUUUUCUUCAAAAAUGAGUCACAUAAUUGUAAUAAGAAGUUAUAAGCCCGGCGAUGAAUUAAAUUGUCGCCAUAUAAUAAAGGAGGGCGUAAUGUCAUCGAUGAAUGCAGCAUUUUUAGGAAAUGUUGUCAAGGAAUUUACUUUUCAAAUGAUGAUUCUUGUUGCUGCAGUUUUAUUCAUUUUCUUUGGUUUACCAUUUUUAAUUUGUUUCACUGCAAUUCCGGCCGUUAUUUUCUUCACGUAUUUAGCAUCAUUUAUUGCGCACACUACAAAAGUUAUGGAAGUUUAUCAGGAAAUUGAUAAUAUAUCGAGAUUGUACAUGUCGAAUGCAUUUUCCUGCUUUUGGAUUGCCGAAGCCUAUGAGCCGUUUAUAAUGACUCGAAAUCCAAAAGAUGUGCAUUAUACAAUAAUGUCUGAACAUCAGUUUCGAACGUCAAAUAUCGAUGUCUCUUCACAAGCGAAGAGAAUCGUUGGUACCAUUGGAUUAACCAAGAGUCGCAAUAUCGAAAAAGGUGCCUGGAUUAAGCGACUUUGUGUUCACAAAAAGUAUAGAAGAAAAGGUAUUGCCACGUAUCUUUUAAAUGCCGCUGUUCAAUUUUCCAUUAAACAAGGUUACAGUUGUGCAAAUAUCGUCGCUUCCGAGUACACUGAGGGCGGAAGAGAAUUAUGUCUGAAUAAGGGAUUCGAAUUACAACAAAUAUACAACAAACCGGUUGUAGGAACACUCAUUACGACUUUAAUGUUUGAACUGUCGUAUACAAUUAAAAAUGAUGACUUUUAUGGAAAUUCACGAAAAUACGACUGAAUUGGUUUACUUUAUACAGUAAUUAUUCUAAAGUUUUUAAUGAAUAUUGAGCAGACGGACAAAAUAAACUUUUGAUAAGAAAUUUGUGUUUUUAAAUUUAUAUCCUGCUCACUUGAUGUCUACUACAUUAUUUCUUUAUAAAUAGGUAAAAAUUAUUAAAUGAUUUAUUUUUUUUAUCAAGUGAUGCAAAAAGUUGGAAGAAGAGAUAUAUUUACGUUGUUUAUAUUAUAAAAUGUAAAGUAAUACAAAUUUUAUACAAAUUAAAGUGUACUAUAAACUUUAUGUAGACCAAUGCCUUUAAUGUAUACAUUAAAUUUUACUUUUUUAUAUUAUA